GGGAGUCCCUGGCUGCCAGCCACUGUCACUAAGUGCAAAAGAGUGAGGCAGAGCUGUGCCUAGGGACUGCUGAAUAGAAACGCGGAGCACUCAGCAUGGGCUGUAAGAACUCCAGAAUACAAGUGGUGCAACCUACAGAUGGGAGGAACAGUGGAUGGGGCUCAAAAGGCAAAGUCCAACCAGGGAACCAGGAUGACAUUAAAGCAAAUAAUAACAACAGUCCCAGUGCCAGAGAUGGCUCUGCCUUUUCAAAAGGCACAAUGGAUAGUGGUUUGGGACUAGAGGAUGAAGCAUCUGGGGCUCUUCCAGGGACAGUUACAGAGAAGAUGCCUUCUCCUAGAGGAAGACUGAACAAUGACUUGCCAUUGCUGAACAGUGGGAGAGGAACUCCACGAGAAAGGCAGACUUCAUCUGACAUUCUGGAAGAGCUUAUGACCCAGGGCAUCAUACAGAGUCAGACCAAGAUUGUUAAGAAUGGAGAAGCUUUUGAUGUUUUGAUGGACACCCCAGGAAAACCUUUACGUAGGCCUCCAGCCAAGCUUGAAAAACUACAAACUAGAAAGAAGAAAAACAAGAAUCUGACAAAGGAAGACAUUGAAAACAAAAUGAAGGCAGUUGAAGAAAGGCGAAAGACAAAAGAAGAAGAACUCAAGAAAAGGCUGAGAAGUGAAAGGCCAAUGACCGCAUUACAAAGCAUAAAUGAGCUAAGGGGCGGGGGCUCGUUAACUUCUGAUGAAAGACAGGAAGCUGAUUCUACUGUUCCCCAUGAAACUGUAGCUUUGGAGGCAUCGGAAAAUGAAAUGACUGUUGAAUCAACAAAGAGUGGCUUGGCUGAUGUGGAGGGUGAUGAAAUUGAUGCCUUGGAGUCUGAUGAUACCUAUAACAAUCCUAAUGAAACGGUCAAUGACACAGGGAAUGCUAGCUUCUAAAGCACACUGCUGACAUACUCAAAAUAUAUCAUUUUGUUCUGGCAUUUUUGCAAGCAUUUGCACUAUUUAAAACAGCAUGUCAUGGAAAUCAGACUGUGGUGUUGGUUCCUCCAGCCUCUUCUAAUGACUUCCCUGCUGUAGAUCCUUUUUUCUUCCACUUGCACAAUGGCAGCCAGCACUUUAGCUACCAUGCAGGCAUACAUACAAUUGUUCUUAAUGCUGCUCACAUUGAUAAGUGAAUGAUCUGUUUUUAGAUAUAAUAGGGAAAACUUGGUGUUUCUUUUCCCAAAACAUCAUUUUUGGUCAGUGGCCUAUAAGGGAAUUUGCAGAUGAAUUCUAUUCUUUGGAGAAAAAAUACCAGAAAAAAAUGGCAGGAAUUUUCUCUAACUGGUUCCCAUAUUAUAUCACUGGGCUUGGGGCACAAUAUCAAGUGAAAACAUGGCCACAUUUUCAGGCAAUAAUUGCUGGUAGCAAUUCCAAUUUGUCAUAACCAAAAAGCAUAUGAGACCAUUCCUGGGGUUUUGUCGCAGUUUACAGUUACCAUAACCACACGUGACCACACGUGACUUUGUCUAUUAAGGGGAAAUUCCAUUAUGUAAUAAACUUAUAGGUAAAAUAAAUAUGGUCUCUAAAUGCCUUUGCUACUGGUGUUUAUGUAUUUUUCAUUUUAAGGUUUUCCAAAGUAAUGUGGUUUCUACACUGCUAUCUGGAUGCUUGGGUUAGCAUUGAAUAUAUAAGACUAGAUUUAUGUUCUUGUUAUUUCUUAUUCAUAUUUAAGUAUGUCCACCAAAUUGCUGCCUGCCAAAGUAGCAUCUGAAUAACAGAUUAAAGGACCAGAAACCCCAUAAUGUGAAAAUAUGUAUCAGUUUAUCUGUGUAGCACCUUUAAAUAAACUAUUUUUUGAAAACA